UUCAGUAAUUACUAUAACUAUCGUUUAGGACGUUGAAGCAUUAAAAUAUAACUUAUUCUUGAAAAAUGUAUUCCUCAAGUAAGAGAUAUUUGUGCUUGUUAUUAAUUACUUACAACUUUUUCACAUCCGCAAAAUCCGAUUCCACUAACGUAACUCAAAAACUGGUUGAUUUAGUCAGUGGCUAUGGAUAUCCAUUUGAAAUUCAUCAUGUAGAAACGGAAGAUGGAUACACUUUGGAAGUACACAGAAUUCCACACGGCAAAGAAAACGAUGAUAAAGGAAGUAGUAAAUCUGUAGCUUUCUUAAAGCACGGACUAGUAGACAGUUCAGCUUCUUUUAUGUUUGCGGGACCAAAUGUCUCAUUAGCUUACCUUUUAGCUGAUAGUGGAUAUGACGUUUGGAUGAGUAAUAGUAGAGGAAAUGUUUACAGCAGACAACACAAAAUCUACUCUCCAAGAAAAACCGCUUUUUGGAAUUUUAGUUGGCAUGAAUUUGGUAUCUAUGAUUCUCCGGCUGUCAUUGAUUACAUUUUGAAUAAAACCAGUGAGAAAAAAGUUUUUCACGUUUGUGUUUCUGAAGGAUGUUCAGAACUUUAUGUCAUGACAUCACUAAAACCGGAAUACAAUGAAAAAAUUCAUAUGUCUGUAAACUUGGCACCUGCAGUUUUCUUCCGAAAUCCAUCCUCAAGUGCUAUCGCUGCUUUUUACACUCCUUACAUGAUUAAGGAAAUUUUUAGUUUGUUUGGGUAUGGAAGAGUAUUUGAUCAUUCUCCUCUAGGAGCAAUUACAAAUGUUUUUUGUCAACCUGGAAAAGUAACACACUACUUUUGUGUCAUUAUGAAUUACCUAAUUAUGGGAUUUGACUGGUUCCAAACGGACUUUGAUCGUCUUUCGACAUUUUUGGAAUAUUAUCCUGCAGGUGCCUCUAUUAAACAAUUUAUACACUUUGGUUCUUUAAUUCAGUAUUCUGGUACAUUCAGACAAUUUGAUUAUGGAAGAGCAAAAAAUAGAGAAGUGUAUAAAUCUCUACUUCCACCAAAAUAUCCUUUGGAAAAAGUAACGAUACCGGUUGCAAUUUUUUCUGGUUUAAGUGAUCCAUUUAUUUCAGUAAAGGAUGUUGAAAUCUUAUCAAAACGUCUUCGAAAUCUUGUGGAUAGAACAAUAUUGGAAAAUUUUAACCAUAUUGACGUCUACUUGCACGAUGAUAUAAAAGAGUUGGUUUACACUAAAAUUAUUAAGCUCUUUAAAGCAAACUCAACUCAAACAUAGCUCUCAUCCAAUAUUUUUCUAAAAAUUUUAAAAAAUCAUUUAAAAACUGUUGUGUAAAUUAUUGUGUUGUAUAAUAAAGUAUUAUUUAAAAAACAAUUGAAAAUUUGUUGUCAAAUGUUAACAAAUAUUUUGAAUCGUUUAUAGUUGAAAAUGUUGAAAAUUUUCAACUAUGUUUAGGUUGAAUUAGGUUUACUGGCGCAGAACGCCGAGUUAAAACGUCUCCCCACUACAAAUAAAGAAAACGCUACUUUGAAGAUUAUUUUAUACUCAGCUUCCGAAAGCUUCAGUUCAAAUGUUAUCUCAUUCAGUGGCAGUUUGCUGUGUCAGUUUUGUAUCAU